UAGAAUAAAACUAAAAUAUAAAAAUAUUUUAAUGAAAUGACUGGCUUUUCUUUAUGGGAUGUCUGAUUCAUCUAUAUAAGAUGUCCAAUUUAUCUUUAUGAGAUGUCAAAAGCUUUGCAAUGGAAGUUGAAGCCUGUUUUGCUUUCCAUUGUUUUCUCUUUCAUUUGCAUAUAUAUUAUCCUUAAGUUUUCAACAAGAGAAGAAAAACAAAAUCAACUCCCUAUUAUAGGAUACGACUCUGAAAAUCUGUUUAGUGAAGUAUACAAUUAUCAACAUGUCAAAAAUGAAUUAGUUGUCUGGGAUGAGCCUACUGGAAUUUCUAAUCAGUCUAGUCCAGGUGAACAAGGUAUUGCUGUUGUUACAUCUCCUGAAGAUUAUGGAAAGCGAAAUCAAGCAUAUACUCUUUAUGGGUUUAAUCAAUUUACAAGUGAUAAGAUAUCUUUUAAUCGAUCAUUACCAGAUCCUCGACCCCAAGAGUGUAAAAUAACCAAGUACCAAUCACGUUUACCAACUGUGAGUGUUGUUAUUAUUUUCCACAAUGAAGGUUGGUCAACUCUACUUCGUACAGUUCAUUCUGUACUUAAUCGUUCCCCAUCUAAGCUGUUACAUGAAAUUAUUCUAUGUGAUGACUACAGUCAAAAAGAGCAUUUAAAGAAGCAAUUAGAGGAUUAUAUUAUUCCAUAUCCAAAAAUUAAGCUUGUGCGCACCAGUGAACGUGAAGGUUUAAUUCGUGCUCGUGUACAUGGUGCUAAUCAUGCAAAUGGUGACAUCAUUAUUUUUCUUGAUUCACAUUGUGAAGCAAAUGUAGGCUGGUUACCUCCACUUGUUUCUGAAAUAGAAAAGAAUUAUAGGUGCGUAACUUGUCCAACAGUUGAUUUCAUCGAUCAUGAUUCGUUUUAUUAUCGCGGUGUUGAUCCUUAUAUUCGUGGAACAUUUAACUGGAGAUUUGAUUAUAAAGAGAGAGGAAUCACAGAGCAUCAGAAGGCAGCCCGAAAAUCUGUUACUGAAGGUGUAAGAUCACCCGUAAUGGCUGGUGGCUUGUUUGCCAUCUCAAAAAAGUUUUGGGAAGAGUUAGGAAAAUAUGAUCCAGGAAUGUAUGUUUGGGGAGGUGAACAAUAUGAAAUCUCUUUUAAAUUAUGGAUGUGUGGUGGAGAAAUGCUUAACAUGCCAUGUUCACGGGUUGGCCAUGUUUAUCGUAGAAAUGUUCCAUAUACUUACAACAAACCAUUUGCUUCUUUAAUAAAUUUCAAACGUGUUGCUGAAGUAUGGAUGGAUGAGUUUAAAGAAUUUUUGUAUCGUGGAAACCCAAUGGUUCGAUCUCAAAAUGCAGGAAACAUUAGUGAGCGUAUUAAAGUUAGGGAGAGAAAUAAAUGCAAAAGCUUUAAGUGGUACUUGUUGAAUGUUGCUAAUGAUACAGUGCGCACUCGAUACGAACCUGAUAGAGCUUCUGGUGAGAUUGAAAAUACUCAUACAAAGUUAUGCUUAGACACAUAUGGAGCUAAUGCUGGGCGAAAAAUAAAACUUUCAAAAUGUGGCCAACGAAAUUCAAAUCAGAUAUUUCGAUGGACAUACAUUUAUGAACUUCAUCAAUAUCCAGAGGAAUGUUUGGAUGCCAGAUAUGCUGACAUGGAUAAUGUUUACAUAGAAAAAUGUCAUGAAAUGGGGGGAAACCAAAAAUUUCUUUAUGACAAGGAUACAAAUCAAAUAAAGCAUUCUGGCACCGGUUUAUGUUUGUCAGUACCAAACGAAGACUCUCCUACUCAUCCAGUGAUAGAAGCUUGUGAUUUGAAAUCUGUUCGACAACUUUGGAAAAUCCAACUUUCUAAAGAUUCGACUAUACCAGAAUGGGCCAAAAUUGCAGAAGAUUUGCCUUUAAGACCGAUACCUCCUUAAAUAUCUCAAAAAUUAGUUAACGAAUUUUUAAAACGAUCUUCAACCUGUUUGGUUUAUACUAUGUCUAGUCAAUUAGUUAACGAAUUUUAAAAAUGAUCUUCAAUCUGUUUAGUUUGAUUUAGUAUCUUAAUGAAUCACCGUGUUUUAUUAUUUCGCAACCAAGUAUUUUACCUCCACCUACGAUAAGUUGCUAACCUACAAUUUUGAAUUGAACAAUAAACAUGCUCGCGGUCUUUUAUAACUUUUUUGUAAUUUUGAAAAGACUUAGUAUGUUUAUUAUGUAAAAGUUUGUUCCGUGGUUUCAUUCAGUCUUGAAGUAUCAUUCAUAUUAUUAUGGUUCAAGUCUUAAGGUUUUAUUUUAUUUUUGAUGAAUUUUUUUUUUUUUUUUUUUUUUU